GAUAUCUCACCCCUCUCCACAAGAUAGAUCGGUAUAGAAUCUGAUGGAAGGACUCAAGGUUCUACUAGUUUUUGUCGUCCUGGCUUUGGCUUCUUCAUUUGCCUCUGCCUCUGAUCCUAGUCCUCUUCAGGACUUCUGUGUUGCCAUGAAAGAAACCGAUGGUGUGUUUGUGAACGGAAAAUUCUGCAAGGACCCAGAGCAAGUUACUGAAAAGGAUUUCUUCUUUUCUGGACUCAACGUUCCUCGGGACACUUCCGGUCCAGUUGGUUCAAAUGUCACUGCUGUCAAUGUUGCUCAAAUUCCAGGACUCAACACUCUUAGCAUAUCCUUGGUUCGCAUUGAUUAUGCACCACAUGGUGGCCUGAACCCACCCCACACUCACCCUCGUGCCACUGAGAUCCUAGUAGUCGUGGAGGGUACCCUCUAUGUCGGUUUUGUUACAUCGAACUUACCUAACGGAGAUAAUCGCCUAAUCACCAAGGUCUUAAAUCCUGGAGAUGUUUUUGUGUUCCCAGUCGGACUCGUUCAUUUCCAGCUCAAUGUGGGAAAAACCAAUGCCGUUGCAUUCGCCAGUUUAAGCAGCCAGAACCCUGGAGUGAUUACAAUUGCAAAUGCAGUGUUCGGAGCAGAUCCACCCAUUAAUCCUAAUGUUCUAACCAAGGCCUUCCAAGUGGACAAGAAGUUAGUCGACUAUCUUCAGAAACAAUUCUGGACGGACAACAACAAUUAGAAGAACACAUUUAUUACGAAGACAUAUAUGAAGCUGUAGCCACAUGUUUGGCAUGUUUUCUUCAUUACUACGUACCUCUUUCAUAUUUAUUUUCAUAAAUAAAUAGGUUUCUGCUCGUGUCUUUUAUGCUCGGUUUGUUAAUGAUAUAAAAAGCAUAACAAUAUGACACCAAA